AUGGAUGGUGAAGAUAGAUCAAAGAUGUUGUGGAAGAACUUGAAACGACGACUUAAAUUUAGUGGGUUGUCUGCCUGUUGUCGACCCUCUUGGAACACGAGGGUAUCUGACCUAACAGUGGAGAGAGAAGACGAGGCCCACUUUUAUGGAGAAGAAGAGCCCCAUUAUUAUGGAGAUGAAGAAGAGCCCAUAAUGGAGGCCCAUUAUGGAGGUCGGCGGGUAAACUUGGCGAUGGUGUUAGAAACAGAACGAACGGAGAGCAUGACUCCCACAACACAAUUCAAGACAUUGAUGAGAUUGUUUGAGGAGACAGACAUUAGCGGAGAUGACAAGAACAAUAACAAUAACAUGCUGUAUAGUAAAAAAGAUAGAGAAAUUGAUAUAGUGUGUUGUGUGUGCAUGGAAAGGAAUAAAGGCGCGGCCUUUAUUCCUUGUGGACAUACUUAUUGUAGGAUUUGUUCAAGGGAGCUUUGGUUGACUAGAGGGUUGUGCCCUCUUUGCAACUGUUCUAUAGAUGAUAUUCUUUACAUCUUCUAA